UAUAUAAAUAAUCUGAAAACGGAUCAGAAAAAUCACAGCAUCAAAAAUGGCGUGCAGAACAGUAUUCCGAACCGUCUUCUUAACAGAGGUGUGGCGACCUUUGCCUCGUAAUGGAACCUCCUUUUCAAUUUCAUUUAAUACCCACAGAUCUUCAACACCCACUUUGGGUUGUGACUGUAAAAACAUUAGGGUUCGAGAUUUCCACUUUGGGCGACGAACGCAACGCCUUAAUUGCUCCUACAACGAAACCCCAUCAUCAUCAACAUCAUCUUCUCAGGAUGACCAUGACCAAGACCCACCUCAAGAAGCUGUUCUUAAGGCCAUUUCAGAAGUUUCAAAGACAGAAGGACGGGUCGGGCAAACCACUAAUGUUGUCAUUGGAGGCACAGUAACAGAUGAUUCUACCAAUGAAUGGCUUGCUCUGGAUCAGAAGGUAAAUUCCUACCCAACAGUCAGAGGGUUUACAGCGAUUGGAACCGGAGGUGAUGAUUUUGUGCAAGCUAUGGUUGUUGCUGUUGAAUCAGUCAUUCAAAAGCCAAUCCCCGAGGGCCGGGUGAAGCAAAAAGUUUCAUCAGGGGGCAAAUAUGUAUCUGUAAACAUUGGACCUGUUCAAGUAAUUUCAAGUGAGCAGGUUCAAGCUGUAUACAACGCCAUGAGAAGAGAUGACCGGAUGAAAUACUUCCUUUAAUCAAUUUUUGUUUUGUUUUCUGUAUAGAAUGCUAGUUAUCUAUGCCCUUUUGACCUCCCUGAAUUUUCUUCUCUAUUUAUGCUAAUUAUCUACAUGCUCCUUUGAUCAAUGAAUGAUAUCAUUGUAGACAGUGUUGAUGGUUAAAAAUUAAGAGACUUCAUUUGCUCUAGAUGUAUACAAUGUUGUCUGAUUUUGAUAUAUGUCAAUCAGAAGUUUUUCUUUGGA